GUACAAUGCAAACAUGGUUUCUUUUCUCAGAUUAAUUAUAAUAACCAUGCGAAUAACAUGAGUAAUUUCGUCCAUUCAAAAUUUGUUGUAGGUAUGAAGCAAAGCUCAUCAGAAAUAUUGUUGAAGUGAUAUGGACGAAAUUGCGCCCUACAUCAUUUACCUUUGUGGAGAAUCUAGUUGGAAUAAAUUCAAGAUUGCAGCCAAUAAAUGUGCUUUUAGGUGCAGGGGUGGAGGACAUUCGCUUUAUUGGAUUAUGGGGGAUGGGUGGAAUUGGUAAGACAACAAUUUCCAGAGUUGUUUAUGAGAGAAUCUCUUGUGAAUUUGAAUUUAGUUUCCUUCUCACCAAUAUUAGAAAUGCCGCUGAGAAAUAUGGUAUACUUCAUCUACAAAAGCAACUUCUUUCUGGGAUAUGGAUGAAAAAGGAUGACAUCUUAGACCUACAUCAAGGAACCACCAUAAUAAAGAGAUUGUUAGGUAACAGAAAGGUUCUUCUCAUUCUUGAUGACGUGAACCAUUCAAGCCAUUUACAAUAUUUGGCUGGAAACCGCAAGUGGUUUGGUUUAGGAAGUAGAGUUCUAAUCACAACUAGAAAUGAGCAUUUGUUAAUCGAACAUGGAGUAAAGAGAAGAUUAAAGGUUGAGGAAUUAAAUAAUGAGGAUUCUCUUCAACUUUUCUGCUGGAAAGCGUUUAAGAAACAUAACCCUAAAAAAGAUUUUCUUGGUGUGUCUGAUUUUGUUGUGAAUUAUGCGAAGGGUCUCCCUUUAGCUCUUGAAGUCUUAGGUUCUUUUUUGCAUGGAAGAGAUCUAAGUGAAUGGAACAGUGCACUGAGCAAACUAGGAAGAGUUUGUAAUUUGGAAAUUUUUGACAUACUUAAAAUAAGUUAUGAUGGUCUAGAUGAUGAGGAGAAGAAAAUAUUCCUAGACAUUGCAUGUUACUUUUGUGGAGAGGAGAAAGAUCGAGUAACAAAAGUACUAACCAGUUUCGACGUUUCUGCAACCAUUGGAAUAACUGUCCUGGCAGAGAGAUCUCUUCUGACUAUUUCGUGUGGAAGAUUAUGGAUGCAUGGUUUGCUCCAAGAAAUGGGGCGGGAAAUUGUCCGUCGGGAAUCUUCUGAUGAGCCAGGCAGGCGCAGUAGGUUGUGGCUUCUUGAAGACAUCAAACAUGUCUUAACCAAAAAUACAGGAACAGAAUCAAUAGAAAGCAUUGUUCUGGACUCAACUAAGCAAGGAGUAAACGUGGACGUGAAUGCUAGAUCCUUUUUAAUGAUGAACAAAUUGAGAUACCUCGUGAUUAAGAAUGUGAAGCUAUCUAAUGGCCUUGAAUAUCUUCCCGAUAGUCUUCGGAUUCUUGAAUGGACCGGGUAUCCGUCAAAAUCUCUCCCAUCGCAUUUCAACCCUGAGAAGCUACUAGAACUUAAUAUGUGCCAUAGUUGCAUUAGAAAUUUUCCCCUGGGAAUAGAGCCUUUAUACAAUUUAAAAACCAUUAAACUCAGUGGAUCUCUGAAUCUUGUCUGCACCCCAAACUUCAAAGCUAUGCCAUAUCUUGAGCUUCUGUUUCUGGAAGGUUGUACACAACUGUAUAGGGUUGACUCAUCAAUUGAAGUGCUUGAAAGACUUGCUCUGCUGAACUUGAAGGAUUGCAAGAAUCUUGUGCAUUUUGCUAGUGUGCAUGGCUUAAAAUCUCUCAAAGUUUUCAAUCUUUCUGGGUGCUCAAAACUUAACAAACUACCAAAUAACAUGGAUCACUUAGAGAGUUUGGAGGAGCUUUAUGUCAAUGGCACUGGCAUAAGAGAACUACCUUCCUCUAUUGGAAAGAUUGAUAGACUUCAGCUGCUGAACUUGAAAGAUUGUAGAGAUCUCAUGUUUCUUCCAAGCAGUGUGUGUGACUUAAAAUCUCUCAAAGCUGUUAAUUUUUCUGGUUGCUCAAAGCUUGAAAAAUUGCCGGAUGAGUUGGGUCAUGUAGAAUGUUUAGAGAAGCUUGAUGUGAGUGGAACUGGCCUAAGAGAACUGCCCUCCUCAAUUGCUCUUUUGAAAAAUCUCAAAGAAUUAUCUCUUGCUGGAUGUAAAGGACAAUCAUCUAAAUCCUGGAAUAUCAUCUUCCACCCUCUUCAGUUAUUGCUAAGAAGAAGUCACAUUCCAGCAGGAAUGUCGCUGCCUUGUUUAUCUGGUUUGCAUUCGUUAACCAAACUUAAUCUAAGUGACUGCAAUCUUUCUGAAGGAGAGAUCCCCGGUGAUCUUGGAUGCUUGUCUUUAUUAACGAAAUUAAAUCUCAGCAGAAAUCAGUUCGUUAAACUACCCUUGAGCAUCUGCCAACUCUCUAGACUUGAAUAUCUUAACUUGGAGUACUGCCAAAAACUUCAGACAUUAUCAGAGCUUCCUUCUCAUGUACGGGUGAAAGUUAGCAACUGCAUUUCAUUGGAUACAUUUUCCAACCCAAUAGAACAAUGCAAUGCGCUAUCCGCAGAAUGCUACAACUGUUUCAAGAUGGUGGAGAAGCAAAGAUUUAAGAGUGUAGCACUUUCAUUGCUUUUACGAUACUUUGAGGAACCUACACCCAAGGCAGAUCGUCGCUAUUAUUGUCGAUUCAACUUUGUUUCUCCUGGAAAUCAAAUUCCAAAGUGGUUUAAUCACCAAAGUGUGGGGUCAUCUAUAUUUGUAGAGCUUCGUCAAGGUUGGUUCAGUUCUAAGUGGAUGGGGUUUGCCUUGUGUGCUGUUUUUAGACUCCAAAAACCACUUCAGCCGUUGUUGAGGAUGGCGAUUGGUUGCUCACUGAGACUCAAUGGACAAAGGUUGUCGACUAGCCCUAUUCAGAGGUUUGGGGAAAAGUGGGGUCAACCAGUGUCGGAUCACAUUUGGUUGUUCUAUGUGCACCGUGAUAGAUACUUUAUAAAUAAGUGGCAGGAUAUCUACUCUCAGCUUGAAUUUUCAUUUCUAUCUCGGUACUUGAAGGCAGGAAUCGAUGAGGAAAUUCUGCAAGUGAAGAAGUGUGGAGUCCGGUUGAUAUAUGAGAAAGAUGUGGAGGAGCUUCGGCAAACAUUAUGGAAGCAGAGCAAUGUUGGCAUUAAAAAUACCAAGCGAGGCUUUCAACAAUCCAAUGCAUCAUCUAGUAGUACUACAGGUACUGUGAGUGAUUGUAUUCAUCAGGAAGGGGAAGAGGAACCUCAUACAAAAAGAUUGAAACAACUCGGUGCAGGACCUAGCAGAAGCACUUGUAUUGAUGACCUAGAAGAUCAAUCCUUGACCCCAAACCAUACCGAAACUGAAAAUGGUUUGGUUUUACUUUGA